UUGCAAACCGAUCAAGUAAGAGGAAGAGAAGCGUGUUGUUGUUUGUAUAAAUUUUCGCUGGCAAGAUGGGAACCUUUUCACCCUUUGUCUGUAUUUUAGGAUUGUUCGUCGUGCUUUCAUGCACAUCCGCGACUUCAGAUGUAUUUAAUAGUGUUUUGGGAAACACAGCAUCCUGUCACAAGUCGUGUGAAAUGACAUACAGUUUGCACACGUAUCCAUCGGAGGAUGAACUCUACGCCUGCCAGAGAGGCUGCCGUCUAUUUUCCAUUUGUCAGUUUGUUCGAGACAGCGAUGAUCUGAAUCAAACCAAGUCCGAGUGUGAAUCAACUUGUCGCGAGGCCUACUCUCAGACUGAUGAGCAGUAUGCAUGCAACCUGGGCUGCCAGAAUCAGCUCCCAUUUGCUGAGAAACGCAAUGAGCAGUUGGAGGCCAUGGUGCCCAGAAUCCACCUGCUGUACCCCAUGGCUCUGGUCAGAGGACUUUGGGGCGAUCUGAUGAAUCAAGCUCACAGCUUUAUCACCUCCACAUGGACUUUCUACCUCCAGGCUGAUGAUGGCAAAGUUGUCAUUUUCCAGUCUGAGCCACAAGUCAAGUUUUUCUCCCUGUUUGACAUGGAAAAGGAUGUUAAAGAGGAUUCACCGAGAAGUUUUCCUGGCUUCGGCCUUCCAGUUUACAGAGAAUACCAACGAUCUGUCAUCCAGGAGAGGGACAGAGAUUUGACCGGAGACAGCAGCUACGACGACGAAUACAACCUCUUCAGCUGUCUCUCAAGGAACUCUUGGCUUCCAGGGUGGAUCCUAACCACAACCCUGAUCCUGUCUGUGCUGGUCCUGAUCUGGAUCUGCUGUGCCACCGUGGCAACCGCUGUAGACCAGUAUGUACCUGGCGAGAAAUUGAGCAUCAAUGGAGACAAUGAGUACAUGAAGGAAAAGAAACUCAUUCCAUACCCAGCUUCCUCCUUGCACAUCGUCACCUCCAAAGGGCCAGAGGAAGAGGCCGGGCCGCUACCUUCCAAAGUGAACCUGGACCAGUCCAACAUCUAGAGGCCAAAGAUGUAGCUAACAAAGGGAUAUCGUCCUUCUCUCUGAAUAGUCUUAGCUGAUUUUUAUGCUCUGGCGCCAGACCUGUGCUGCUCGCGGUCUAAACAGGAGUAACUACUUUCUGCACAUUUUGAUAUAACGUAUCGUCUCCCGUCUGAAGUUUUAAAACUGGAGUGAUUCAAGUUUUUUUUCUAUAGGUAUGAUUGAGGCAUUAAAGGGAUGGUGGUAAAACAGGAUGUAUGACUUUUUUCUUAAAUUUGGUGUGUGCUUUAGAUGUCUGGUGGUGUGCUUUAUUUUAUUGAAUCAGUUUUAAAUGAGCUGUUUAGAUUCAGGCUUCAAGCCAAACCCUGAAGUUUUGUUGGUACAGAUUUGUGCAUAUAUUUGAAGAUUCACCCAGUGUGUUCUUACAUUACUACCACAGUGAUUCCCAGGUGAUACUGAAUUUUACAAUAAAACUGUAUGCUUUAAACCUUGAUUGAUAGUGGCGGUACAAACAGCAGGCCUAUCUGCUUCAUUGAUGUCUGUUUGCCUAAUGAUGGAUCCUAAUUAAAAACGUUGAUCUGAA